AUGCCGGACAAGCUCUGCGUGAAUAGGAUGUUACCCGUAACCUUCUGCAUGUCCUUGACAGGUUCGAGCAUGGUCGGCACCGAGCGCAGAGGAACAUAUCAAUCGGUGAAUCUGCAUCAGCCUACCCUCGCCUUGGCGAGAUACCACUCUGCAAAGAGCAUAGCGCUACAGCUCGGGGACUCUGACGAAUUUGUAGUCGUCGAGUAG